CGCGCUAUGUCUGGAGCCAGAAAUUUCUCAAUCGCCCUUCGACGGGCUCGCAUGCCCAAGCCGCGCCUCAGUGGGCGGCCCCUCGUCUCUCAACUCUCUGUGCCGGCCACUCGCUGCUUUUCCCAAGCAUCUGCACGACAAGCAACGAAGGAAGUGAAGUACACAAGCGACGCCUAUCCCACGCUCAAGAGGAGCCCCGAGUUCGCCGAGAUCACUGCGGAAGAUGUGAAGUACUUCAAGGACCUCCUGGGCUCCGAAUCAGCGGUGAUUGAUGGUGUAACAACAGAUGCCACGGACGAUAUCGAGCCCUUCAAUGGCGACUGGAUGCGCAAGUACCGUGGGCACACAAAACUGGUCCUGAAACCCCAAUCGAAGGAAGAGGUCAGCAAGGUCCUGAAAUACUGCAAUGAGAAGAAACUGGCCGUCGUCCCGCAGGGUGGUAACACGGGAUUGGUUGGGGGUUCGGUGCCUGUGUUUGACGAGAUCGUCAUCAAUACUUCGAGGAUGAACAAAAUCCGGUCAUUUGACGAGGCUUCUGGUGUGUUGGUUGUGGAUGCUGGUGUUAUCCUCGAGGUCGCUGACCAGUACCUGGCUGAGCGACACCACCUUUUCCCGCUUGACCUUGGUGCUAAAGGCUCGUGCCACAUUGGCGGCAACGUAGCCACCAAUGCUGGAGGACUUCGCCUGCUUCGCUAUGGCAGUCUCCAUGGAACCGUUCUUGGUGUCGAAGCCGUGCUUCCGGAUGGAACAAUCAUGGACGGCCUGUCAACGCUGCGCAAGAACAACACGGGAUACGAUCUGAAGCAGUUGUUCAUCGGGUCUGAGGGUACGAUCGGUAUCAUCACUGGUGUUUCGAUUCUGUGCCCUCCCCGCCCGAAAGCCGUUAAUGUUGCCUACUUCGGUCUCGAGAGCUACGAUAAGGUCCGCCAGGCCUUUGGCGAGGCUAAGAAGCAACUGUCUGAAAUUCUUUCCGCAUUUGAGCUUAUGGACGGCCGCAGUCAGAAGCUCGUGCACGCCAGCACAGGCAAUAAAUUCCCAUUAGAAGAGGAAUACCCUUUCUACUGCUUGAUAGAGACUAGUGGAUCGAAUGCCGAGCACGAUAUGGAAAAACUGGAGACCUUCCUGGAGAGUGUCAUGGGUGAGGGUAUCGUCGCGGAUGGUGUUCUGGCCCAAGAUGAGACUCAAUUCCAGAGCAUCUGGCGCUGGCGAGAAGGGAUCACGGAGGCCCUGAGCCACCUUGGCGGAACCUACAAGUACGACGUCUCGAUCCCCCUUCCCGAGCUGUACCAGCUGGUCGAUGACUGCCGAGAGCGCUUGACGAAGAUGGGCUUUGUUGGUGAUGAUGACUCGUUCCCCGUCCGCGCGGUUGUCGGUUAUGGCCACAUGGGUGACUCAAAUUUGCAUCUCAACAUCGCAGUCCGCCAGUACAACAAGGACGUCGAGAAGGCGAUUGAACCUUGGGUCUAUGAGUGGAUUCAAAAACGAAAUGGCAGCAUCAGCGCUGAACACGGUCUUGGCCUUGCGAAGAAGGAGUUCAUUGGAUACAGUCAGAAUGACACCAAUCUUAAACUCAUGAAACAGCUGAAGGAAUUGUAUGAUCCGGUGAGUGCUCCCAUACCAACCUCCCAUAUUGUUGCUUCUUCCAAACUGUUGCUAACUGCUAGUAGAACGGGAUCUUGA